AUAGCUUCACCUUUAUCCUCUCUGCAACCUUCAAAACGAACCCUAGCAGCAACACCUACCAUGAGAUUACAUCCUUUUUUUCUAUUCAUCAUCACCACCACCACCAUCCUAACCGGCGUUUCCGCCAUGGAAGACGAUAUGCGGUGCCUUCAAGGUCUGAAAACCUCACUCACGGAUACAAAAGGUAAGCUCAGCACAUGGUCAUUCAGCAACGACUCCGUCGCCUCAUUAUGCAAGCUCGUCGGAGUUUCGUGUUGGAACGAGAAAGAAAACCGGCUUAUCUCUCUUCAACUCCCUGACUUCUCGCUCUCUGGCUCGUUACCGGAAUCCCUACAGUUUUGUCGUUCUCUUCAGUCUCUCGAUCUGUCUAAAAACGCAAUCUCCGGUUCCAUUCCACCUCAAAUCUGUACGUGGUUGCCGUAUUUAGUAACCCUAGAUCUCUCCGGGAACUCCUUAUCUGGAAGCAUUCCGCCGGAGAUUCAGAACUGCAAGUUCUUAAACAAUCUUAUUUUAUCCGAUAACAGUCUUUCCGGCGCCAUUCCUUACCAGAUCGGCCAGCUUGAGAGGCUUAAGAAGCUAGAUAUUUCUAUCAACGAUCUCUCCGGUUCGAUUCCAGACGAUUUAUCGAGGUUCGGAUCUGAUUCCUUCAUUGGAAACGAUCGAUUAUGCGGUGAGCCGCUUAAUUCUAAAUGUGGGCGUUUGAAUAACAAAAGUCUAGCCAUAAUUAUAGCUGCAGGUGUUCUAGGGGCCGCUGCGUCUUUGUUUCUUGGGUUUGCGAUCUGGUGGUGGUUUUUUCUGAGACCUGAUCGGAAAACAAACAACGGUUACGGCGGCGAUGGCAGCAGUGGUGAGGACCGGAGCAAUUGGAUUGAUAGAUUGAGAGCUUACAAGCUUGUUCAGGUGUCACUGUUUCAAAAACCUAUCGUAAAAAUCAAAUUGAACGACAUUUUGGCUGCUACUAACAAUUUCAGCCACAACAAUAUCGAAAUCACCACAAGAACAGGUGUUUGUUAUCGAGCAAUGUUGCAGGAUGGAUCUGUACUAGCAAUAAAACGAUUGAAUGCAUGUAAAAUCAACGAGAAACAGUUUAGAUCUGAGAUGAACAGAUUAGGGCAACUGAGACACCCCCAUUUGGUGCCAUUGUUAGGGUUUUGUGUUGUUGAAGAUGAGAAGCUUUUGGUCUAUAAACAUAUGCCAAAUGGUAGCUUACAUUCACUCCUGUAUGGAAACACUACUAGCAUCAAUUUGGACUGGCCUUUUCGGCUCAGGGUUGGUAUCGGUGCAGCCAGUGGGUUAGCCUGGCUACACCAUGUCUGCGAACCACCUUACCUUCACCAAACCAUAAGCUCGAAUGUUGUUCUUGUGGAUGAUGAUUUCGAGGCCAGAAUCAUCGAUUUUGGUCUAGCUAGGCUUGUGGGUACUCGCGAUUCCAACAAUAGUUCCUUUGAGAAUGGUGAUUUGGGUGAGUUUGGUUAUGUGGCUCCUGAGUACUCAAGCACCAUGGUUGCUUCGAUGAAAGGUGAUGUUUAUGGUUUUGGGGUUGUUCUUUUGGAACUAGUAACAGGCCAGAAGCCACUGGAAGUAAAUAACGGAGAGGAUGGAGGGUAUAAAGGUCAUCUGGUGGAGUGGGUUCAUCGGCUUACAAGUUCAGGAAGAAGUAAGGAUGCCAUUGAUAAAUCCUUAAGAGGAAAAGGGCACGAUGAUGAGAUUAUGCAGUUUUUAAGGAUCGCUUGUAGUUGUGUGAUUUCUAGACCUAAAGAAAGGCCUUCAAUGUUCAACGUUUAUCAGUCUUUGAAAAGCUUGGCGGAAGCACACGGGUUUUCAGAAGACUUCAACGACAUUCCUGUGAAAUACGCAAAACAAGAUCAUCGCCAUAGAGACUAGUGGGAUGUUGCAAAUGUAUCAGAGCCGGGAACCAGUUGGGGUGCCAACAAGGAUGUUGGGCUCUUUGAGGUGGGUGGUCCGGGUGGAUUAUGAGAUCCCACAUUGAUUGGGGAGGGAAAUAAAGAUUGCCUUAUAAGGAAAUAGCUAGAAAGAAGUUCUUACCUAUGUAUAGUUGUAUACUUUGGAAGAAGCUUGUGCAGUUUGGGAAGGGGUUUUGAUCGAUAAAAAAGAAGAAUUUACUUGGACGAGUUGUUAUUCCCCUUUUUGGUCUAGUUAAUAGCUCAAGGCAACUAGAAAGUCGGUAUAUUUUGACCAAUUCAAGGUGAAAAUGGGGUUGACAUUAUAUUCCUCUAAACGAGUUUUGAAACCAUGCAUCCAAGUAUGGAUAAAGCUGAUAAUAUCUGGUAGGGUUGGCUGUGGAUGUUACAACAUGGAUAAAAAAGUAGAUUUGUCUGCUCCUUGUAAGCUUAAAGUUGUGGGCUACCCAUAAUUUCCAGAUUUGAAGGUUAUUGAGUCAACAUGUUGAUUGGACUAUGGUGCAUACUACAAUUGUUAUCAUCAGGUGUUUUAUUUAACAUCUAGAUAUGCAACUUUAAGGAAACAUUAUUGAUUCUCUAUGUGACAUUUGGUAAACCAACAGGAAAUGUGCUGGGAGACCAUUGUGAAAACCAAACCAAGAAAAGUAGUAAUCAAGAAUCUUGCCCAAAGUCUCUCCCUACAUUAUGAAACACAUAUUUGAGUAAAAAUAGAAUCAAAGUUAGGUGUUCACUUCAUUUAGCUUUUGCUUCCUUUUUCAAAAGACCCAAAAGAACCAGAACCAGAAAAGUUGGAACUUAUGUUGAACUUAAAUGACAUCAUGUUGGUGACAUCACCCAUUUAAUGCAACUGAGAUUUGCAAGAGAUUAAAGGGGUUUUGCUUAAGCUACAGAACAAGUUAGGAAGUGCAAAGUGCAUAAUUGUAUAAGCUUUAAUUAAACCCAGGAUUGCUGAAGAUUGCCGUGUGGUGGGGUGGGGUCAAGGGAGUCGCGCCCCUUGUGGUAUGUACAAAUAGCUGACGCUAAAGCUUAUUUCAGCUUCAAUAUCUGCAGUAUGUGUACAAAUGGCCGACACUGAAGCUGAUUUCAGCUUGAGCUUGGUGAGCUCUCAUGAUUAUCCGGUAACCAUCAGUAACGGCCAACAACUGCACAACUGUAAAAAGUAUUUUUCGUCUCGUUUGUACGUAAGAAAAGAAAAGUAUCUCUAUGUUUACCUACCUAAAAUCUAGAGUAUGAAUUUGGAUUACUCUCAGUCAAUUUCAUGAUACCCCAUACAAUUACCGGGUCGAAAUAUUACUUACAGAAAGUGUUCUGUACACAAUCCAAUUUCUAUCCAAGCCCGUUUUCAUUGAUUCAUCACCUAAACCCCAAAUAUCUAAUACCUUAUAUGGAAACAAUCUCUUUACUUCUUGAAGUAGAAGAAUAUCUUACCCUCCUCUGA